GUCGGGCAGUUUCGACAUUCACUAUAUUACAAUCUGCUCCACCCCACAUAAGGAGGUGAAGCCGCUGUGUUUUCCCGUUUAGCAUUAGUUAGACCUGCUCAGCAGUUCACAGCAGACUGACCCGUGUAACUAUGGCAGCGGAAACAGCGACUGGUGGGGCGGCUGUAGCGCCUAAUGGCACUCCUGACAACCCGGAAGGUGGAAACUGCUACCAAGACGAUUGUCUGUUUUGCAGAAUUAUUAGUGGCGAAGAGAAGACUGAGCUCUUAUAUACCGGUGAAGAAUUUGUAUGCUUCAAGGAUGUCAAAUCAGGGGUUCCUCAUCAUUACCUUGUAGUACCUAGGGUGCACAUGGAAAACUGCAAAACGCUGAAACAAGAACACAUCCCCAUAGUACGGAGAAUGAUGGAGGUUGGAAGACUGGUGCUGCAGCAGAACAUGGUGACAGACCUUGAUGAUAUAAGCUUGGGUUUCCACUGGCCACCAUUCUGCUCUGUUCCCCAUUUACACCUUCACGCCCUGGCUCCGGCAAGCCAGCUUGGUCCUCAAUCCAGAUAUCGAACAAAUUCAUUCUGGUUUAUCACGGCUGAUCAGCUGAUUGAAAGACUGAAAAAACCUUCAGCUAAGAAGAACAAUGCUACUUGAUGACGAGGAUUAAUUUUCUUUUACCAGAAAGGUGGAAGAUUGCUAGUUUUAAAUAAUCAUGAUGGACAAGAAAAGAAACAGUCAUAGAAGAAGGCUAGAACAGUCACAGAACUAUAUCAAGAUACCUUUUGUACCGAGGGCCAAACAUGACAUCAGUGGUUAUAUGUUAGGCAAUGGAUAACACAGCACCUGUUCUUUUGGCAAAGGGAAAUGAUUUGUAAUAUUGCUGACAUUUCAGUUAGUAUUCCUUCAUUUUUAUGUUGGCAUGCAUUUUCCAGUUUUACUGUAUUUGGUAAUUAUCUACUUGUGUGUGUGUUUUUAAGGAGGAGGAAAUGUGCUCUUGUAUUAUUUGUUUAAUGUUAUGACAUGUUAUUUUUCAUGAGAGUUGUACUACUAAAUCUGAUGUUAUCUAGUCACCAGUCCUCACAUUGGGGUCUUGGAUCCGAUAUCGGAUCCGAGCCAGC